AUGUCAUAUUCUUGCUUAUUUAAGUUCAUUAUCAUCGGCGAGACAUCAGUCGGAAAAUCCUGUCUAAUGCUCAGCUUUACAGACAAAAAAUUCCGCCAACAGCACGAUUUAACGCUAGGUGUCGAAUUUGGUACAAAAAUAAUGGAAUUAGAAGGCGAGAAAAUAAAAUUGCAAUUAUGAGACACAGCUGGAUCUGAAAAAUUUCGAUCGGUUACUAGAUCUUACUAUAGAGCUGCUGCAGGUGCUUUAUUAGUGUUUGAUAUUACUAGAAGAGACACCUUUAACCGCUUAUCUGAAUGACUUAACGAAGCAAGAUUAAAUGGAAAUCCUUCUAUGACUGUAAUGCUAGUCGGCAAUAAAAUCGAUUUGAAUUCACAAAGAGAAGUCACUUAUGAAGAAGCUAAUAAAUUCGCGAUGGAUAAUAAUCUGCUUUAUGCAGAAGCUUCUGCAAAAACUGGGGUUGGGGUCAGAGAAGCCUUUGUAGAUACUGCCAAAGCGAUUUUAAAAAGAAUUAACGAAAAAGUUAUUGACACAGAAAACAAAGCUUAUGGAAUUACCGUCAAAAAAAAGCAAGAAACAAAAGAAAUUAUUGUAACCCCUCCCCCGAAGAAACAGUGCUGUAUGUAA